AUGAUUCCGCAAUGGACCCUGUUCAAUUUCGGUGCCGUGGAUCCCGGGGCUGGAGUUGCUUUUGUGCGAAACCCACCGUCCAACUCGUAUUUCAGCGGCAACGUAGGUGGCAGCGGCAACCCACCUACCGAUGAUGAGGGUGGUAACAAGGACCCCAACCAGGGCCCUCAUUUCGAUGAAGCCCUGCAUCAGCUCCAUCACGAAGCCCUCGACGCCAUGGAGGACAUGUUUGCCGCGCUGACUGGUGGCCUCGGUCUCGGCCUUGCGUUGGGACUGGGUGGCCAGCUUCCCGCCGGCCGCGAAACAUACGAAGCCGCCUGGGGCCCCGACGACCAGCCAUCAGCUCCAGCCUCGGCCCUGCCCGCAAGCAAGAGUCGCCGCGAUGCUCUGCUCUCGCGCGAGUACCGUUAUCGCGAACACCAGCACCGGCAACAGCAGCACGUCUCGCAAGCAGCGCAACAAGAAUCACCGGAAGAGGGCGCAGGAGUCGAUCUGGGCCAGAUGCCCAGUCAGCACCAGCGUCACGUGUACCGGGAUUAUCAAGAAGCAUCAGCUAAUUCCGAUUCCGCAUCCCAUCAAGCACCCCGGUUCGGAGCUCAAUUUGGCACCUCGGCACGAACCGGCAAUCCCUUUGAGCAGCUGGAGCAGUUUUUCGGCCACCACGGACGCUCCUUCUCCUCCUCCACCUCGUACAACAGCGCCACCAGACAACAGGAGACCCAGGUGCAGGAGAGCAUGGACGUGGACGGACGUCGCGUGACUUGCACACAGCGCUUCUGGCGUCAAGCCCAGGAUGGCAAACUACAGCGUGAUGGUCAAUGUGUCGACGAUCAGGGCCAGCGUCUCCCUGCUCAGCUUGAGCAACAGCUCUUAGCUCAACAGCAACCCAGUCUGGGUCUGUAG